CAUUAACGCACAGCUUCGGCGCUGAUCGGUCUUUAAACACCCCUCUCUUACUGCGCUCUAAGUGGCAUUUUCAACCCUGUCUUCCGGAUCUGUUUUCAGUUCACUGAUCUAAGGGCUGUUAGUGAUGGCUGGUCCAUUAAUGGCUAAUAUCUCGGCUCGGAUUAGGUGAUAUGCGUAACACACUGGGCUGUUUUCUCACCAAACUCUGUGGAUGUGCGUCAUUCUGUGUUUGUUUUUCCAAGGACUGAGCGACCUGGACUACUACAGCUGAGCUUCUUAUUGUGGAUGUUUGAUUGACAUCUAGCGGUUUUCAGCUGUAAAUGACUCUCUUCUGAUGGAUCGAACCCUUUUUGCGUUCCUCAACGUGUCAUUAGGAGACCAUACUUUGGGUUUUACAAGUCCCAUGUGCUGAAGGAACUUCGAGUCUUCACACCUUUGGUGUGCCGGGCCUUCUGUCGGAUAUACUGUCGUGUUCACUCGGUGUGCUGUAGGAAUAUAGUGUUUUCUUUCCGUGCUCUCAAUUCCAAGGUUUUCUUUUCUUCCAUACUGAGGACAAGCAGGAAAAAAGUGAACCUGUCUAUGGCUUGCUGCUUUCAAAGUUGCCAUGGCAGCUGGAGUCCAGAUGAAGGUGACCAUCAGCACAGCACCACAGGGAGCGAAGGGGGAACGCCUGGUGAUGGCACGCCACCCCCAAAGCGCAAGGGCAAGUUCUCCACCCUCGGGAAGAUCUUCAAACCCUGGAAGUGGAGGAAGAAGAAAAGCAGCGAGAAGUUUCAGGAAACUUCAGAAGUUUUGGAAAGAAAGAUGUCGAUGAGAAGACCAAGGCAGGAACUGAUCGAGCAAGGAGUCCUUAAGGAGCUUCCUGAGAACGUUGAGGCCCAUAGCCAUAAAAUGCCCUACGUGAAGAAUGGUCACACUCUGCCUAUAGGAGGAGGUGGGAUUGGUGGAGGUCUGGAGCAGAUUCAUUCGCCCUCCGAAUCAGAAUUCAGGGUCAAUCCCGUCUGGCUGCCACAGCCUGACGACCGCAGAGGACGUACCCCAUCUGAUGGGGAUCAUCGCGGGGCUUUGGGACUCCGGGUGUCCACUCAGGAUGAAAAUAGGGAAGCCAGGAGAAGCGGCUGGUCUUCAGGGACUGAGGACUGGAAAUCCAAUAUGGCCUGGCAUGGAGAUGAUGGCCGCCGCGGAGGGAGAUUGCACCCUGAUUUGGAUAAAAGACCUGGGCUAAUGAAAGCCCCAUCCGAGGAUGGGCGCAGGACUCGUCCCGAAUCGGACUGGAAGCCGACUCUUCCCCGCCACUCGUCGGUCGAGGAGGGAAGGGGACGGCGAGAAUCUGAAACUGGUCCGUAUGUUCCUAACUCUGAGGUUCUGAGGGACACACUUCGGGAGCCCCUUCCACCCAAGCAGUCCAUCAUGCCCCCAAAAUGGCUAAUGACCUCUACCCCCGAACCCGGUGCCGACAGCUUGCCCCGCACCCCUGUCCACAACCCCGCAGCUGCUUUCUCCUCUUCCUCAGCCUCCUCCAAUUCUUCCUCCUCCUCAGCUGUCAGCACGGCAGGAAAAACUCUACGAACCGUCUCUUCGGCUGGAGCCAGCACGCAGGGUGCUGUUCCCCUCACCACCUCAUCAGCACCGUCCUCUAUGAGCAAUGCCCCGAUGCAGCCCCCCAAACAGCCCCCCCUCCCUCCACCCAAGCCAAUCAACCGUACCAACAACCCUGCCAUCCUGGCCUCCACCCUACACGGGGGUGACGGCAGCGAAUUCCCCCUUUACUGGUCCUCCUGGAAUCGUGAAGGCGACUAUGACGUCUACCUGUCCCUGCCUGUUUACCUCUGCCGGCGGGCAGGAGGCAUGCGCACAGCUGAAUUAUCACAAGGAGGUACCAGCCUAGUACCAGCCAAGCCCUCGCCCCCCAUGCCACCCAAGCGAACCACGCCCGUCACCAAACGCAACCCAGACGACUCUCCUCUGACCAUUUCCUCUCUUCCCUCCAUUCUGUCUGAGGACCUCAGGGCCAACAUCCCCGGAGGUUACCAGCUACUUCCACCGCCUCCUUCCCCACCCCUCCCCACACACAUUCCCCCCUCCCCUCCACGGGCCCACACCCAUCACCUUCUCCACCAACACUCAUACCCAUACCCCCUGCCACAGCCGCUGCCUGUCCACUUUGACCCCCCCAGCCCACCAGAAGAACCACCUACACGCCAAGCCCCCGUUCCACUACACAUCAUGAUUCAAAGGGCACUGAGUAGCCCGGGACACUCCCUCCCACACCCAGACGGCUCUCAGCGAGCCCACUCGCUGUUGUUUGAGACUCCGCCGGAGUACCAGGGCAACCGUCCGCUGCCAGUCACCAUUCAGCCUCUCAGACUUGAUGAGGAUGACUAUUCAGAUGAAGACGAAGAAGAGGAUGAUGACGAAGAGGACGAUCACCUCCCAUCUCCUCAGUCCCAGCCAGAACUGGAGCCUCGCAGCCGAAGGUGUCUGGUUGGGGACCUGAGCGUCAGCAUAAUCCCUGAAGGGAACAACAGCAGCGAGGAAGAAGAGGAUGAGGAAGAUCAGCAGCCAGAAGAGAGCGAUUCAGACGGGCCUGUGCUCUACAAGGAUGAUGAUGAAUCGGAUGAAGAUGAAGAUGACACCCCACCAAGUGCCCUGGCCAGCAGGGUAAAGAGGAAGGACACACUGGCGUUGAAGCUGAGCGGUCGGCCCUCUGCCCCAGACAGACAGGCUCCAGCGAGGCAGGCCAGAGCGGAGCACACAGGUCUGUCGUGGCAGAGCAAGGAACAGUGGGAGGCCAUCCGUACACAGAUCGGUACCGCACUCACACGACGACUGAGCCAAAGACCCACUGCUGAGGAGCUGGAACAGAGAAACAUUCUCCAACCCAAAAAUGAAGCAGACAGACAAGCAGAGGUCAGAGAGAUCAAGCGCAGACUCACCAGAAAGUUGAGUCAACGGCCGACUGUGGCUGAGCUCCAGGCCCGAAAGAUCUUGCGGUUUCAUGAAUAUGUGGAGGUCACAUGUGCACAGGACUAUGACCGGCGUGCUGAUAAGCCAUGGACAAAACUCACCCCUGCAGACAAGGCUGCUAUUCGUAAAGAGCUCAACGAGUUUAAGAGCUCUGAAAUGGAGGUGCAUGAGGAAAGCAGAAUUUACACAAGAUUCCAUCGCCCUUAACAUCAAAUUUUAACUGGAAAAUGAAGCACUUAGAGGCUUUGAGGAGCCACGAUUUCACCACUCCCUUACAGAAUGCUUUUAAUGUUACUGAAUGAACUUCUUCAGAUGCACAGAGACACUUGGUGCAUUCACAAUAUAGCCGAAAACAAGCCGUGUCUGUAUCAGUGAGGGAGGAGGGACCUCUGGAGGACAGAUUGUGUAUUUCUCCUGGACUUAAGGGGGACCCAGGUGCCAAGACAGAGAGGCAAUGAAGGACUCAUUCGAGGAUAUGUGGAGUGUUACCUGUGCCAAUGAUAGACGUUCAUCGGAAACCGUUCUCAUUGGCUGAUAUGCCACUUUUCAGUCUAUUCUCGGAAUGACUUUUUCUGCUUUUACGGAAGACACACUUUAUUUCCUUUCAGGGAAGUGUAACAGUUAAUAAUAGUAAUAAUAAUAAUGUGACGAUAAUAAAUACAGUAAUACUACAGUAAGUGUUAGUUACUGAGCUUAGCGGGAAGCGUGGACAGAAGAACUGCUAGAGUCUGGAGGUUAUUGUGUAUUUGUGUAUGUUUGUAUAGGCUGCUGUAAUUUUCUUUUAGAUUGAAUUUUUGGAAUGGUCCAGGCACAAAACUUUUCCCCUAGAUGUAGUUACAGAUUGCUCCCACUUUAUGGUUUUCACUAUCUGAGCGGUCACCUGUUAUAUAACGAAUAAGAUUUUAGAUUAAACAUAAAUCACCUUGUUAAGUAAAAGUGAAGUCCGGCCAUUUUGCCCCAAACAUGUUCACAAAACAAUGUGUUUGCAUAAAUUUUUUUAAAUACUUCUGAUUAUUUAUUAUCCAUUUAAAUGAAAAAUUUACAACCGGGCACGCACUGAUGUACGUUUUCAUAAUAUGUUAUUGAGAGGGAGAUUAUUGCGGGAGGAACUCCUCUUUAUUUUUUUUGUUUUAUGAUUGUUUUUGGCCAGUAGGAUGAUAGAAUUUGCUCUGCUGUACAGAUCCAUUCUGUAGAUGACUGUGUAUAUCUUGUCUUCCUUUUAUUUUGAAGAAUAUUUUAAAUAUAUUGAAACUCAUAUAGGUUACUAUUUUUUUAAGCACAAAAUUAUUAGUGUAUUAUUCAACACUACAACAUUAGGAGCAGAACGAACCUGUUCCAUGUUAAUGUAGUGUUGUAUAUUCAUGCUUUUUAAUUAUGUGAACUUUUAGAAACUGACAGUAAAUUUGCUGUUUAGAUGUACACUAAAUCUAAAUUAAAAUGCUUA